AUGACCUUCUCCGAUUGCGAGUGGUAUUCCAACACGGGCUCUGGUCCUGCUAGCAGCCGCGAGGACUUUUGCGCAGCAAAUUGCCCAAACGAUCGCGUCCGCGUGGCCAUGGACCUGAGAGCCCCGGGGUGCUCUGGUGGCGGCAAGGCAAGAUGCUGUAUCCCUAGCUACUACGAAGCCGUUGAAGUAGAAAUCGAAAAGCCGGGCGUAUGGAGGGACUCUUUGAAGGUGAGGUAUUGA